AUGCGAUUUUCCACCAUCUAUUCCGCGAGCUUUCUCCUCGCAAGUGUUGCGAGUGCCCAGAGCUGCACUGGGAUCGACCGAAGAGAAGCCUUGAGGGAAAUUGUCGAAUCGAUCAUCUCAGGAACCGAUGAGGACAUCAAAAAGCCGUCCUUCACCAAUAAUGUAACCGUCUUCGUUCAAGUCCAAGGAGCUCGCUUCAUCACCGGCAAAGGCGUCGAAGGUGCAAGAAACUCCAUCCGACUCGGUCAUGCAAUCGCCACAGACUUCGGCCCUGCGCCAGAAGAUCUCAAUUCAUACCUAGACAACGGCGUCAACCAAGCCUUUGUCAACGGCACAGCUACAGUCGGUCUUCACACUCCUGACGGCGGUUCUCUGGGUCUGGUGGUCGUGCCGGCGCAGCUGAGCUCCACGCACGAUACAACGUGUGAAAUCUAUGAGGCGGUCGCGGCUGUUCAGCCGAUUGAUGGGGUCAUUAAAACGGCUUUGACGGCGCUUUUGUUGCAGAACUUUCCGUUAUAUGAGAUUUUGGACGUCGUCGAUGAGUUUUGA